AUGCUUGAAGAGCACCCCACGUUGCGGAUGUCAAAAGCCAGCGUGACGCACGAAGGUAACAACCUGUACAUGCAGUCACCGGAGGUGCUGGAGCAGAUGACACGGCCAAACCUGAGCAUUCCCAUGUUUGAGCUCCUCAAAGAGGUCCCAUACACCACUGUCCAUGCCACAGGCAUGGCAGAGAACAACGGGAAGAAAGUGUCCUCAUUGAGGAAGCUCCGUGUGGCCUUCAAGGGCAUCGAAGAAGCCCCCAAGAUGGAUACGACCGUGAGCUCAUGA